AUGUCGAGUUUCAUACCCUCAGAUUACAAAGCCCUUGAUCUCUCUGGAGAUAAUUAUCUUGAUUGGGGUAUAAACACUUCAGCCGUCUUGAAGUCUAGAGGACUUGGGAAGUGCAUCAAGUAUGGCAAUGACACCCUUGCGUGUGAAAGACACAGAGCCAUAAUGAUUAUGCGACACCAUCUCUGUGAGGACCUAAGAGACGAGUUUGGAUAUGUUAAUGAUCCUCAUAAUCUCUGGUCAUUUUUGAAUUCUAGAUUCUGUGAGCCAUUGUUGCACGAAUCCAAGAAAAAAUGGGAAGCUCUAAAGUUCCAGGAUUAUGAAUCCGUAGACAAUUAUCACUCUGAUCUUAUGAGAAUCACCUAUAGUCUUAGACUAUGUGGUGAAUUGACAUUGAGCAAAAGAAGCAGAAAAGGAUGGAUAACAUCAGACGGUUUAAUGACAUCAUGGAGAUAUAUUAUGCUAGACAGUGAGAUGAAAAUCCCUGAAGCUAAUAAAGCCACAUUUGAUAAGAAGAGAUCUGAGGAGGAUUCCGAGUGGACACUCAUGGACCAUGAGGUCGGAUUAUACAUUGAAUAA